AUGCGUAAGAAGGUGUAUUUAGAUAACACUAUCGAGUUCUUACGUGGACGGGUAUACCUGGGAGCAUACGACUACACGCCACAGGAUACUGAAGAUAUAGUCUUCUUUACCGUGGAAGAUAUUCUCUUCUAUAACAGGUUUCAUUUGGAUUUUGGUCCAUUACAUGUUGGUCAUCUUUACCGUUUUGCGGUGAUAUUUCAUGAGAUUUUGAACGAUCCGGAAAAUUCAGGCAAGGCAGUUGUGUUUUACUCUUCAACAUCCACGAGACAGCGCGCCAACUCCGCGUGCAUGUUGUGCUGCUAUAUGCUGCUGGUGCAGGGCUGGACACCCCAUCAGGUACUGCAGCCUCUUGCACAGGUCGAUCCACCCUUUAUGCCUUUUAGAGAUGCAGGCUAUUCUAACGCUGACUUCGAAAUCACAAUUCAAGAUGUUGUGUACGGUGUGUGGAGGGCCAAGGAAAGAGGUCUCAUUAAUCUGAACACAUUCCAACUAGAAAUAUACGAGAAAUACGAAAGAGUGGAGAACGGUGACUUCAAUGUGCUCACUCCUGACUUCAUAGCCUUCGCUUCUCCGGAAGAAGAUAAGCAUCACCGAGUGGGUCCCGCCAGUUCGAAAUCCCACCUGAAUGCACCUUUCCGUAGUGUGCUCAAAUAUUUUGCGGAAGACAAUGUUCAAUUGGUGGUCAGAUUGAACUCCCAUCUGUAUAACAAGAAGCAUUUUGAGGACAUGGGCAUCAAACAUAUCGAUAUGAUCUUUGAGGACGGUACCUGUCCUGACAUGUCCAUAGUUCAAAACUUCAUCGGAGCAGCAGAAACAAUUAUUAAACAGGGUGGUAAAAUUGCUGUACAUUGCAAAGCUGGUCUGGGAAGAACAGGUUGCCUUAUUGGCGCACAUCUUAUCUAUACCCAUGGCUUCACCGCUAACGAAUGUAUAGCUUUUCUACGAUUCGUUAGACCGGGUAUGGUGGUAGGUCCUCAACAGCAUUGGUUAUACCUCAACCAAAAUAGUUUCAGGGAGUGGAAAUAUACCAUGAAACUGAGCUCAGAACCAAGUGAUGUGAUAGGAGGGCUCUUCCCUCUCGUCACUUUAGAAGAAUAUAAAGCUCAAAAGAAAAAUAAAAAAUCAUCCAAGAAGCUCCUAGAUCGUGAUGGAGAUUAUACGCUGGACGAACAUACCGUUACACCCCCGGACACCAUUGAAAAAAGACAUUUCCACUCAAACGUUGCCGUGCCGCAAAAUUCUCCAGGUCAACCUAGAAAGGGUCACAAUGGUACUAAUACCAUCGAAAAUAUUAACAAAGAAUCGAGGGUUAAGUCUUUUGAUAAUAACAAUAAUAAUAGCGAUGACGAGUCGAUGCAAAUUGAUAGUAGUCAAAGCAAUGCAAAACGUAGAGGUCACACUUCUACAGAGGACAGUGAAGUCCUCAAACAGCUCUUGCCCAAAAAUAAGCGUGUUACAUCAAGCGGUGCCGGCAGAAGGUCUGCCAGUGGUGCAGGUGUGAGAAAGAUUUCAGGAACCGUUAAAAGGUAG